AUGAAAAGAUAUUCACUUCUCCGAAUUAUUCAAUUAUUCAUUUCUUAUCAGAUCUUCUGUUUACUUUUCAUAUGUGCACAUGGAUCCAGUCGUUGUACUACAACUGUAAACAGUGAUGGCUUACCAAUACUGACAUGUGAUCAUGAUAGAUUGAAAGCACAAUCACAUUUUGAUAUCUACGAUGAUGAACAGAAUGAAUUAAUUCCUGAAUCAGAUUAUCCAAAUGAUCCACUUCAAUCUCAACAGUCAGCUGAAUACAUUAUGCCUAGUAAGAAGGCUUUUGUACGUCUGGGGAAGCGAGGAUUUGUUCGGAUCGGUAAGCGUGGAUUUGUGCGGAUCGGACGUUAACCAACAACAACAAAAAUGAUCUGUUGAGCUUUUUUUCUAACUACUGAAUUAUUCAGAAAUUUUGGUGUCAGGACUAAAAUAAUUGUUGUAACCUCUAUGCUACUGAAUAGAAUUCGGUAGUCAGUUGUUUCAAUAAAAACGUUUAAAAAUAUUCUGAUAAUAUGUAUAAUAAUCUUAUCCUCUGAGAGUUGUGUUAAGGUGAAUUAAGCCAAAUUGUUAAUAAAUCAUUGACUUGAUGCUGAAGAUUUUUCACACUAAAGAAUGUGAUAAACCUAAAUAAU